CAAAAAGACAAAAAAGGUCCAUAGGGCGGGACAGGAGGGGGAGAAAUAGAUUUUUUAAUCUUAAUAUGUGUGCACACUGAACAUAGUUCGUUGAGGUGUAUUUAUUCGCGUUGUUCCCCAACAGGAGCACAGGCUCAUAUACCAACCAGUUAGAGGAGUUUCCGUAGUGUUGUAUUUUUUCCCAUCAAGAUGUUUGCUGUUCAUCUCGUCUCCUUCUUCUUCACCAAACUCAAGGAGGACCCCACAAAGAAGGUGGACAGGUUUCUCCAUGCAAUGCGCCUCCAUGACGACCAGCUAAGUGAUAUCUCGGCUCGUUUCCAGGCUGAAAUGAAGAAGGGGCUUUCAGAAGAAAGCAAUGCUGCCGCCUCAGUGAGAAUGCUGCCAACACAUGUUCGCUCCACUCCUGAUGGCUCAGAGAAAGGACAGUUUCUGGCACUGGAUCUUGGAGGCUCAAAGUUUAAGGUGCUCCAAGUUAAAGUGAGAGAGGGAAUGGGAAUUAGGAAGGGAGGAGUGGAGAUGGAUGAGAAAAUCUACAGUAUACCAAAGGAGCUGCGCAAUGGAAGAGGAACAGAGUUGUUUGACCACGUGGCUGAGUCACUAAAGGACUUCCUGCUUGAGAAGAACAUCAGUUUGGAAAAGAAACAUCCUCUGGCCUUCACUUUCUCUUUCCCCUGUGAACAGUCUGCCUUGAAUCAGGGUUCAUUGAUAAGCUGGAGUAAGAACUACAGGGCUCGAGGCCUCAAGGGAAAAGAUGUGGUCCAGGUCCUCAGAGAGUCUAUUGACAGGACUGGGGGUAUGGACAUCGAGGUGUUGGCUAUGGUUAAUGACACUGUAGCUACCAUGAUGACUUGUGGUUUUGAUGACCAGAACUGUGAAGUAGGACUCAUCAUUGGUACAGGCACCAAUGCAUGCUACAUGGAGGAGUUGCGUCACGUUGACCUGGUGGAGGGAGACGAGGGAAGGAUGUGUGUGAACACUGAGUGGGGAGGCUUCGGAGAUGAUGGGGCUCUCAGUGAUUACAUAACAGAGUUUGACAGAGAUGUCGAUGCAGCCUCCAACAACCCUGGAAAACAAAUCUUUGAGAAGAUGAUCAGUGGGAUGUACCUGGGUGAGUUAGUGAGGCUGGUGGUGUUGAAGAUGGCUAAAGUAGGAAAGCUAUUUGAUGGACGUGUGUCGGAUGCCUUGAGGAUCAAAGGGAAGAUAAGCACUGCACAUGUGGCAGCCAUGGAGGAGUACAAAACUGGUCUGACCAACACUAGAAACAUUCUUGAGGAGCUUGAUUUGACCCCAUCAGAGGAUGACUGUAUCGCUGUUCAGCACAUCAGCACCAUCGUGUCCUUUAGGUCGUCUAAUCUGGUGGCUGCAGGACUGGCUGCCAUCUUAACCCAAAUCAAGAAGAACCGGAAUCAGAGGGACUUAAGGAUCACCGUGGGUGUGGAUGGAACUGUGUACAAGACACACCCACAGUAUCCUAAACGUCUCCACAAAGUGGUGCGGCGGCUGCUUCCUGAGUGUCAUGUCCGAUUCGUCCUCUCAGAGAGCGGCAGCAGCAAAGGAGCUGCUUUGGUAACAGCAGUCGCUCAACGUCUGGCAUCACGGAGGCAUCAGGUGGAUGAGACUUUGUCCUCCUUCAGACUGAGCCAAGAGCAGCUCAAGCUGGUCAAGGCCAGGAUGAGAGCAGGUCUGGAGGCAGGGCUAAAGACAAAAGGCCACUCUGCAAUCAAGAUGCUGCCCUCUUUUGUGUACCACACACCUGAUGGCACAGAGCAUGGGAAAUACCUUGCCUUGGAUCUGGGAGGAACCAACUUCAGAGCUAUGCUGGUGAACUUUAGAAAAGGUCUGCAGCAGAACACACGACUGUACCAUAAAAUCUACACCAUACCACUGGAGAUAAUGCAGGGGACUGGAGAAGAGUUGUUUGAUCACUUAGCACAGUGUGUUAGUGAUUUCCUGGACUACAUGGGGAUGAAGAACGCUCGUCUUCCAGCAGGUUUCACUUUCUCCUUCCCCUGCGAGCAAACAGCCAUUGAUACGGGUACGCUGGUGAGCUGGACCAAAGGCUUCAAGGCCACCGACUGUGAAGGACAUGAUGUUGUAAACAUGCUGCGGGAGGCCAUCAAGAGACGCAACGAUUUUGAGCUGGACAUAGCAGCAGUGGUCAAUGACACAGUUGGGACGAUGAUGAGUUGCGCCUAUGAAGACCCUCAGUGUGAAAUUGGAAUGAUUGCUGGAACUGGCACAAAUGUUUGUUACAUGGAGGAAGUGAAGAACAUUGAGAAGGCAGAGCAAAAGAAAGAAAAAACGGACGAAGACAAGGGGACACCUGAUGAAGAGCAGGACAAGGCGGAUGCUGAGAUGUUGAAGAUGUGCAUAAACACAGAGUGGGGAGGAUUGGGUGACGAUGGCUCUCUGGACGAUAUCAUCACACCUUAUGACACUGAAGUGGACCAAAACUCAGUCAACCCUGGAAAGCAAAGGUUCGAAAAACUUACCAGUGGGAUGUAUUUGGGUGAAGUGGUCCGACACGUAUUACUGGAUUUAACCAGAGGAAGUUUGCUGUUCAGAGGCCAUGUCACAGAGGCCCUAAAAACACGUGACAUAUUCCAAACCAAGUAUCUGUCACAAAUAGAGAGUGACCGCCUGGCUCUACUGCAGAUCAGAUCAAUUCUCCAGCAGCUGGGCCUUGAAGGCAACUGUGAUGACAGCAUCAUAGUUAAAGAGGUAUGCGGAGCAGUGUCACGUCGUGCAGCUCAGCUGUGUGGGGCAGGGAUGGCGGCAGUGGUCGAUAAGAUCAGAGAGAACCGAGGGUUGGACCAUCUGGACAUCACUGUAGGGGUCGACGGGGCUCUCUACAAACUACACCCACAUUUCUCUGGAAUUCUCAAAGAGACUGCCAAAGUUAUGGCUCCUCAGUGUAAUGUGACCUUCCUGCCAUCAGAGGAAGGCAGUGGGAAAGGUGCUGCCCUCAUUACCGCCGUGGUCAGAAAGAUGCAGGAGAUGUAACUUCACGUGACUGAAAAAAACUCUUUCACCAAACUUGUUUUUUUUUUGUGUGUUUUUUUUGUUUUACUUUUAUUUAUCUUUUGUGCCAUGUGGAAAGUCAGAUGCUUAACAUCGAGUCUAUGUUAAGUCCUGUGUUGACCUGAGAGAGAGCCUCAGACUGUUAUACGUUUUCUGUAAAUCAACACUGUAGAUGGAAGCUAAAAGAACUGUUGCUAUGAUGUUCCUAAUAAAUGUUUAAAGA